CAGAGGUUCGUGCCGCCUCCGUCCCUCCAGACUGCGCGCGCGGCUCUCGGAGCAAUCGAACUGUCUCCGGUACUUUGCUGAACGCCCGUACACCUUCAGUCUAAGGGCUGGAGAUAAGGGAAAGUGGAGCAAGAGGCCCAGUUUGGCUCUAAAGAAGAAACGAAUUCUGUUUUCCACGUAUGGCUUUGUUGUAGUAACAACACACCGAUAUAUUGUUUUGGUGGAUUUGUGGAAGGAAAAGGACACACAUUUUGUUCUGAAAGGUCGGCCGUUUUUUUUUCAGAAGCUUUGUGGCGUUGAGUGAGAGACCAUGGAGAUGCAAAUAUGGUCCACAAGGUGGAAAACCAAGAGCCGGCUUUUGUACCCCACUCUAACCACCAUCGUCACUCUCACUGUCCUUCUGCAAGUCGUCAAUGUCCAAGCAGCUGACCCAGUGGAUGUACUCAAGGCUCUGGACUUCCACAGCUCUCCGGAUGGCGUCCGUAAAGUCACGGGCUUCUGCUCUCACCGGAGAGGAUCUAAACCUGACAUAGCCUUCCGCGUGGGGAAGCAGGCCCAGAUCAGCGCUCCCAGCAUGCACCUCUUCCCAGGAGGAGUGUUCCCAGAGGACUUCUCAGUGAUGUUCACCAUCAAGCCCAAGGCAGGCAGCCAGUCCUUCUUGCUGUCUGUGUAUAACGAGCAGGGGGUCCAGCAGCUGGGUGUGGAGGUGGGACGCUCUCCUGUCUUCCUGUACGAAGACCAGCAUGGAAAACCUGCCCCAGAGGAUUACCCACUGUUCAGAUCCAUCAACCUCGCUGACGGCAAAUGGCAUCGCGUGGCCAUCAGUGUGGAGAAGAAGAGUGUGACCAUCAUUGUGGAUUGUAAGAAGAAGCUGAGCAGGCCACUGAAGAGGAGCGACGGGGCGGCCAUCAAUACUGACGGCAUCGUUGUCUUUGGAACCAGGAUUCUGGAUGAAGAAGUUUUUGAGGGUGACAUCCAGCAGCUGCUGAUUGUGGCCGACAAGGCAGCGUACGACUACUGUGAACACUACAGCCCCGACUGUGAAACGCCUCAUCAGGAGCAGCCACAGGCACAGGAACCAGAGGAUGAGCGUGGCGAAGGUAAUAUUGCCUACCCUCACCACCUGGGGUCGGCCCGUCGGGAAGUCCAGGAUCCAGUUGCAGAGGGAGGAGUUCAGACCCAGAGUCCUAAGCCUGGUGAUGACUUUGGAGAGGUCAAUGGAGCCAAACCUGCACCAGAGGCUGUGGACGUAGCUCCACCCGCUGAGAAUCCUACAGACUCAACCGUUCCAAUCCUGAACUACGACGAGGAAAUAGUCGACGAUUACGUCACCGGCGUGGAGCAGGUCGACGCCGACCCUACGGCUGCAGCAGAAAUCGGCUCUGAUACCAAAGGUCCCGACCCCGGUGCAGAAUCGUACGAUUUUAAGGAGUACGAUAUGAAGGAAUACGGUGAUAUUAAAGAGAUUGAUACGAAACAGACGUACGAGUACGGUGACUAUGGCGACUACGGCACCGGCGAGGCCAAACCUACCUCCUUCCCAGCCUACGAGGAUGAGUUUGGGCCGGGCGUACCUGCUGAGACCGACACAGAUAGUAGUAUCGGAGGAGGUAGAUAUGGCGGAGAGAAAGGAGAGAAGGGAGAACCCGCCAUCAUUGAACCCGGGAUGCUGAUUGAAGGACCCCAAGGAGGCCCCGGCCAAGCUGGCUUGCCCGGCGCCCCAGGCUCCCAGGGUGCCCCUGGCCCACAUGGAGACCACGGUGACAGGGGUCCUCCAGGGCGUGCUGGUCUUCCUGGUUCAGACGGAGUUCCUGGCCCUCCAGGUACCCUUCUAAUGCUGCCAUUCCGUGCUGGUGGAGAUGCACAUAAAGGACCAGUGGUCUCAGCUCAGGAGGCCCAAGCCCAGGCCAUCCUGUCCCAAGCCAGGCUCUCCAUGAGGGGUCCUCCUGGGCCAAUGGGAAUGUCAGGAAGAUCUGGGCCUUUGGGUGGACCUGGAUCUAAUGGACUGAAGGGAGACGGAGGAGACAACGGUCCUCAGGGUCCCAGAGGUCUUCAGGGUCCAACUGGCUCACCUGGAAAAGCAGGAAAGAGGGGUCGCAACGGAGCUGACGGUGCCAGGGGUAUGCCAGGAGAGUCGGGGGGUAAGGGGGACCGAGGUUUCGACGGACUCCCAGGUCUCCCGGGAGAGAAAGGACACAGGGGUGAGCUGGGGUCCACCGGCUCUCCAGGUGCUCCAGGAGAGGAUGGCCAGAGAGGCGAGGACGGUGAGAUCGGACAGAGGGGUCUGGCUGGAGAGAGUGGUCCUAGAGGGUUGCUUGGUCCCAGAGGAUCCCCUGGGACUGGUGGACAGCGUGGCAUACAAGGAGAGUCAGGGCCUGCCGGUCAACAGGGCAUCCCUGGACCACAAGGUCUUGUUGGUCCUCAAGGUCCUAUCGGACCGCCUGGUGAAAAGGGACCAUCAGGUCGUCAGGGAUUGGCAGGUCUUGGUGGUGCCGAUGGUCCUCCCGGUCACCCAGGGAAGGAGGGUCCUCCAGGACUUAAAGGAGGCGUCGGUCACCCUGGUCCUCAGGGUUCUAUUGGCUACCCUGGCUCACGAGGUGUCAAGGGUGCCGAGGGUGUCAGAGGUCUGAAAGGCGGCGGCGGAGAAAAGGGAGAGGACGGUUUUCCAGGUUUCAAAGGUGACAUGGGCAUCAAGGGAGACAAGGGAGAGCUCGGUGUCCUAGGAGCCAGAGGUGAAGACGGACCUGAGGGACCCAAAGGUCGAUCCGGCCCCAACGGAGAGGCAGGCCCCAUCGGGUCGGCUGGAGAGAAGGGUAAACUUGGUGUCCCCGGGUUACCCGGCUACCCAGGAAGACAAGGACCUAAGGGCUCCAGUGGCUUCCCUGGAUUCCCAGGCUCCAACGGAGAGAAAGGAGGAAGGGGUAUCGCUGGUAAAUCCGGACCCAGGGGACAACGUGGCCCAACGGGUCCCCGUGGUGGAAGAGGUGCCAGGGGACCAACUGGAAAGCCAGGUGCUAAGGGAACAUCAGGUAAUGACGGGCCUCCAGGUGGACCAGGAGAGAGAGGACCCCAAGGACCCCAGGGGCCAGCUGGCUUCCCAGGACCUAAGGGCCCUAACGGGCCCCCUGGUAAAGACGGACUGCCUGGUCACCCUGGACAGAGAGGAGAGACAGGUUUCCAGGGAAAGACUGGCCCACCUGGGCCUGGAGGUGUUGUAGGACCUCAGGGACCAACGGGAGAGACCGGCGGCAUCGGAGAGAGAGGACACCCUGGUUCCCCUGGACCCCCCGGAGAGCAAGGUUUACCUGGAUCUGCUGGGAAAGAAGGAGGAAAGGGUGACCCAGGUCCUAUGGGAAUGUCUGGAAAGGUUGGCCCAGCCGGGCUCAGGGGCUUCCCAGGGCAGAGAGGUCUUCCCGGGGCUAACGGUCCAGCUGGUUUGAAGGGAGGCGAAGGACCACAGGGUGCCCAAGGCCCCAUCGGUUCUCCAGGAGAGAGAGGUGCUGCCGGUCCCGGAGGUGCCAUCGGUCUUUCAGGACGCUCCGGACCUCAGGGAGGUCCUGGACCAGCCGGAGAGAAGGGAGGCCCGGGAGAGAAAGGCCCCAUGGGACCAGCUGGACGUGACGGUAUUCAAGGUCCUGUUGGUCUUCCUGGCCCUGCAGGCCCCCAAGGCCCCCCUGGAGAGGAUGGAGACAAGGGAGAGGUUGGUGAGCCUGGCCAAAAGGGAAGCAAAGCAGACAAGGGGGAACAGGGUCCUCCUGGGCCAUCUGGUCUUCAAGGUGUCAUCGGAGCGCCUGGUCCUGCCGGUAGUGAUGGUGAAUCAGGACCCAGGGGUCAGCAGGGUAUGUUUGGCCAGAAGGGAGACGAAGGAUCCAGAGGAUUCCCUGGGCUACCUGGGCCCAUCGGACUGCAGGGGCUGCCUGGUACAUCAGGAGAGAAGGGAGAGAACGGGGACGUCGGCCCGAUGGGUCCACCUGGUCCUCCAGGUCCCAGAGGUCCCCAGGGUUCUAGUGGAGCUGACGGUGCCCAAGGCCCUCCUGGUGGAGUGGGUUCUAUGGGAGGUAAUGGAGAAAAGGGAGAGAGCGGUGAAGCCGGCAACCCGGGACCAUCUGGAGAGCCCGGUGGUGGAGGCCCCAGAGGAGAGACAGGGGAGAAGGGAGAGUCAGGACCACCUGGAGCUGCCGGACCUGCAGGGGCCCGUGGACCUGGAGGAGACGACGGCCCCAAAGGCAACCCAGGACCCGUUGGCUUCCCUGGAGACCCUGGUCCCCCUGGAGAGCCUGGAGUUGGUGGAUUGGAUGGCUUGGCUGGAGACAAGGGAGAUGACGGAGACGGUGGUCAGCCAGGUCCAUCUGGUCCUUCUGGAGAAGCUGGACCUCCAGGACCACCCGGCAAGAGGGGACCCAUUGGACCAGCCGGUACUGAGGGAAGACAAGGAGAGAAGGGUUCUAAGGGUGAGGCUGGAGCCGAGGGGCCUGAUGGUAAAACUGGACCUGUUGGACCCCAGGGGCCCUCUGGGAAGCCUGGGCCUGACGGCCUGCGUGGAAUCCCCGGCCCGGUCGGUGAACAAGGACUUCCAGGUGCUUCUGGAAUGGACGGACCUCCUGGACCGAUGGGUCCCCCUGGUCUCGCUGGCUUGAAAGGAACUCCAGGCGGUAAGGGAGAAAAGGGUCACCCCGGUCUGAUUGGUCUGAUUGGACCACCUGGUGAGUUUGGAGAGAAGGGAGACAGAGGCCUGCCUGGACCCCAGGGAACUGGUGGAGGGAAGGGAGACACUGGUGUCGGAGGUUCUGCUGGUCCUCUUGGUCCUCCUGGUCCUCCUGGAAUUCCUGGACCUGUAGGCUCUAAGGGGUCCAAGGGAUCAUCAGGUGGAUCUGGCCAGAAAGGAGACACUGGUGUGAUCGGACCACCUGGAGCUCCUGGUCCUCCUGGUGACAUCAUCCAGCCGCUGCCCAUCCAGCAGGCGAGCAGGAAGAACAGGCGGCAGGCGGAGGACGACGGCGUGCAGGGCGACGAGGCGGGAGGCAUGGCGGACUACGGCAUGGAGGCCACAGCGGACAUGGAGGACGUGUUCGGGUCCCUGAAUAACUUGAAGCAGGACAUCGAGAGGAUGAAGUUCCCCAUGGGAACACAGGACAACCCUGCCAGGACCUGUAACGACCUGCACCUCAGCCAGCCUGACUUCCCUGACGGUGAAUACUGGAUCGAUCCUAACCAGGGCUGUACCGGAGACUCCUUCAAGGUCUACUGUAACUUCACCGCUGGAGGAGAGACCUGUAUCUACCCCGACAAGAAGUCCGCAGGCGUCAGAAUCUCGAACUGGCCCAAGGAGGCUCCAGGAUCUUGGUUCAGUGAAUUCAAACGGGGAAAAAUAUUGAACUAUGUGGACAUGGAGGAGAACACCAUCCAGACGGUCCAGAUGACCUUCCUGAAGCUGCUCAGCUCAACGGCCCGUCAGAAUUUCACCUACAUCUGCCACCAGUCUGUAGCCUGGUACGAUGCCAAGGCAGACGGCUACGACAAGGCUCUACGCUUCCUGGGUUACAACGACGAGGAGAUGUCCUACGAUAAUAACCCCUUCAUCAAGGCACUUUCAGAUGGAUGCUCACUGAAGUCGGGAUACUCCAAGACGGUGAUGGAGAUCAACACUCCUCGCAUCGACCAGGUGCCCGUCAUCGACGUCAUGUUCAAUGACUUUGGUGAACCCAGCCAGCGGUUCGGUUUCGAGGUGGGCCCUGUCUGCUUCAUGGGCUAGGACCUGACCACCCCCCCCCCCCCCGACUCCCCGACCAGCUGAAGGACAGGGUUAGAGGGUGUUCUGUUCCAUGCAUGCCUUGUACUGCCGACUGAAUACCUGACAUCAAUCACUCACCCUCCCUAUACUCCACUCGACCUGGCCUCUGGCUCUAAACCAAACCUGUGUUUUAUAUCCUUGAUAAGGUGAUCAGACCACCAGUUUCAGACCUGCAGCACGCUGCCCCCGCCCCCACUCGAGAACAGCGUGCCGCCCUCCUCUGCCCUGUCGUAGAAGCAUUGUCCCAGGGGAAUACUCCUCGCCCUUGUAGGGCCAAUCACAUAGUGACUUUACCUUGUAACAGGAGGGACAUGAGGAAUAAAGGACGUUUGAUGCCGUCGAUGGACAGUGGUGCACUUUCAGCAAACAGAGGGAGGAUCCACUCACCCCAACGCCCCCCUUUCCUCUCCUCGUCUUUCCCCCUUCUCGUCCCUUAUACCCCAUGACCUCAUCUAGAUAGACGUUCCACUCACCUGCCAAGCCCCCUUCCUCCCUUCUCCCCCAGCCUCCCUGUCUGGUAGCUCUAGUCCCCUCCUCCCUUCCCCAGCCUCCCUGUCUGGUAGCUCCAGUCCCCUCGUCCCUCCCCCAGCCUCCCUGUCUGGUAGCUCCAGUCCCCUCCUCCCCUCCCCAGCCUCCCUG